AUGGAAACCCUAGAAAAGGCAAUGACGAUGAAGGAAAAAGUUGUGGAACAAGGGUUCCAAUCGAAGGUAGACGACAAAUCUACUUCUCGUGUCGUGUUAGAUCUCAAACUUUUUAAUUCUAGUUCUACUCGUGCAAGUAAGUCAUCACGAUUAGAGCGUAAAGUAUUCACAUGCAACUUUUGCAAGAGAGAGUUUUCCACUUCUCAAGCACUUGGAGGGCAUCAAAAUGCCCAUAAACAAGAGCGUGCAUCGGCCAGAAAACGACAUGGCCUAGUAAUGGAAGUGGCGGCGCAACCACCUCCUCCUCCUCUUUUGGGCGGCAGGCAUCCACCGUAUCCCUACCAUCCCUACUCCAACAUUCCUCAUCAUCAUCAUCAUCAUCAGACGAUCCCUUUUUAUGGCACUUUGGAUAGAUCAGUUGGUCGGGUUCUAUCCGAUUCCUUGAUUCAUAAACAAUCUUAUAAUCCAUGGUUUUCGUCUAGCCAAAAAAAGUUGUCUAGGCCAAUUUUCCUGAACUCCUCGACAUCAUCGUACGAUAGGCUGUUGGUGCAAAAUAAUCAAAUGAAUUUUGGAUUUAGCCAUGAAAAGUCAGAAAGAGUUAGCGCAGCUCUUGUCUUGAGACUUAAUUCUAUGGAUAAUACAGCACCAAAUAAGGCAAUGGAAGGUAAUAAUAAUAAUCAAGAACUUCAAUGGGGACAUGAUCAAAUUGAUGCAUCUGGUCUUGAUUUGAAUCUAAAGCUUUAA